GGGCGCGGGGCCCCUCCCGGCGCUACCUGUGCGAGCGCCGCGGGGCCGGGCGGGGGCCGGGAGGCGCUCCCAGCAUGGACUUUGACGAGUCCCAGACGUGAAGCUGUCUGUGCUCUCCUGGGGACGAGGGGACAACCUGUUACAAGCAGAUGUGGUUCUGAUUUCCUUGGAAGAAGCACAAAAGGAGAUGUGCUGUCCUUUGAAAAUAACUGGAGCCACUGGCAAGCAGCAGCGACACUGCAUCGAACGAGGGAACCACUUCCAGGUUAUCACAGCAUGCUGCUGAACUGACUUGUGUGGCUGCAUUUUCCAAUGUACCAUGGGAUGCAUCAAAUCCAAGGCCGCUUUCCAAGGGUCCAACGCGGUGCAGGAUGAGAGGAUCGGGGCAGGCAGCGAGGGCUGUGCUGGGGAGAAGUCGUCGCUGCUGGCGGUGCAGGUGGAGAAGGGCCCCUCGAGCGCCAUCGUGCUGGACUACGCGCACCGGCUGUCACGAGAGAUCCUCGAGCAGGCGGUCAAGCAGUGGGCAGUGACCGAGAGCAAGUACAGCGACAUCCCCUUCAUCGAGAGUGACGUGCCCUGAGCCUCCUGCCAGCGCAGCUCUGAGCAUCACCGUGGGGAGGUGUCUGCAGGGAGAGCCUGAGAAAGUCUGCCUUUGAGCCUAGAUUGCUAACAAACUGCUUGGGUUGCAGUAGAACCCGUUCAUCAAGUGACAUUCGUUGUCAGCCGCGUGUUGAGUGUACUCUGUCUUUGUACAACUUGGAUGUGAGAAGGAAUUAGCGUUAAAAGGAGGAUGAGAAGACUGUGGCUGCCCUGCACCUCCACAAGCCCUGCCACGGAAGACAAAACAUGGAUUAUUUCUGUGUUCUGCAUAAAAGAUCAGUGGUCUUUUAUGGUGGUAGGUGAGAUCAACUCUCUGUGCUUGAUGAAUCUGUCUGCGUUUCGCUAAAGUGAAAUCAAGGUCUGCAUGUAGCAAAGGUUACUGCAAUCAUAAAUUUUACUUUUGAUUCUGUGACCUAAGUCUGUAAAAUCACAAAAUGAUGAAGGCGAUGGGAGGCGCUUUGCAAGCCCCAGCAGUAUUCAGGGAGCCAUUUGGAUGAUGAUGCUAUUCACCUUCCAUGGAAGUGAACCAGUGAGAAACGUGCCAGUGUCGAUAAGCAGUGCAUUAUCAUUAACAGAUGCUUUUGUAAAUGCAUGAGAGCUUGUCUCUAAAACCCUGCAGUAAGAUAGGUUAAUGACAUCUGGUGCUGUGUUCAGAACAAAGCUGUUUGGUUUUUUGGUUUUGUUGGUUGUUUUUGUAUUAGGGUGUCAGUUUGGGAGGAUUUGGUUUUCCUGUUUUACUGUAACCCAGAGAGAUGUGCAAAAACUACUGAUAGUAACUAGUGAAAGGAACUUCAAAGGUGUGGCAGUGCUUUAGGACAGUUUGCUUCUUAGCAGCUGUGGCUGCAUUACACUGCAAUUCCACUCUGUAGCACCACCCUUGGGACAGGACAUCUUCCUUCAGCUUCUGUACACUGCUGCUUCCCCAUUGGAAAACCUGUCCAUGGCAAUGGCAGCAGGAGCCCCAGCCCUGAGCAGUGCCCUGAGUGCAGAGUCAGUGACCAAGCUGUAGGGCCAAAGCUCAAGGGCUGCAUUUCUCCCCCAGCGCAUCCAGGCGCUGCUCCCUGCUUGCCCAGGACUCAGCCUGACCCACUGCACUCACAGCUGGCAUUUGACACAUCAGGACACCGAUGGAUUAUUUGUAUUCAUCCCAAAGGUACAAUGUUGCUGAUGUUUUAUACAAAGUGAAGGCCUUCUAACAGCUUGGCUUUUACCACCUGUUUGUUCCUUUCUCUGUGAUGCCCAGUUACAAAGACAUAGUUCUUUUUUUCCUAGAUCAAAAUGUUUUCCAUUUUGUUUUCAUUUUAUAGAGAAAUGCUUUCCAUACUGGCUAAAGCUGUUACUAUUUUUACAAGGUACACAUAGUUCUAGUAAAUGAUCCAAAGCAUGAUUUUUCAAGCAGUGGAAAGCAAUCAAAAAGAGGACCAUGUCAAAUGCUGUAGAAGGAGAGUCUAUGAAUUGAGCUGUUUUGAAAAUGCUGCAACACAAACUUAGGUAUUUGAAACUCACCUAUAUGGGGAAGUGGUUUUAUCAGAAAUGAAGGGUGAAAAAUGCUUCUCUGUGACACAGCACAAGGCUGUUAUUAAAUCCCAGUGACCAGACUGGAUUCCCAGUGACCUGCUAUUAAGGCUGUUCUCAGGCUUUUGCUGAAAAGGGAACAAAAUCAGCUUAUGCUGUAAUGUCGUCCUCUUUGAAGUUACGUAGUCAUCUUCAAAGCCAUUUGCAAAGUGGGACUAAGGUUUUAUGGUUCACUUAAAUUCUCCUGAUAGAUGACAUUCCUUCAAGUUCUACAGCACAUAUUUGAUCAUACUGUGUUUGCUUUAAAAUACUUCCAUAUAUUAGUGUGAGUUAGAAAGCAAAGCCAAAACACUGAUCAGGUCAGUACAUAUCAAUUAGAUAUUGCUUUAUCACAGUAUUAAAGAAUACUAAUAUUCUCAUUCUAGCUAAAAUAAGGCUUUAUUACAAAAAAGAAAAAAGGGCCAACCUUUCUCAUGUGAGUGUGGGCUUGAGAAUGUGAACACUGCUAACCACAUUAAUUAAAAUUAAAAAGCCAAAGCUGCACAGCCAUUGCUGGCCAGGCAGUUGAGGAGCAGGUAGAAAACUGCACUCACUGACAGAGCACCUUGAGGUGGAUCUGCCCUUGUACAGGGCACUUCCAGGCAGUGAGGUGCUGCAGUGCUUCCUGUUGCCACGUCUCAAAUCCUUCCUCUGGAUGUAGCCUUAGCACCUGACACUCUUCAGGAAUAUCAGAUGCCCUUCUGAGAGCAGUUCCCUGCUGGCAGGCUGCCACUGCACAGUCCAACAGCAGGCAGAGUUACAGCACAGCCAAGGUUCCACCAGAGCAUCCCCUGUGAUCAGCACUCCCUGGAGGAGGGAGGCAUUUCCCUGGAGGAGGGCUCACCCAGGCACCCUGAACGUGCCCCUGGCACUGCUCCCCUGGGGGUGCUGCCCUGCCUGCCCCAGAGCUGCCCACGGGCUGACUCAGCACCAGCUGCUUGGUGGCCCAGCCAGUCCCUCAGAUGCAGCCACCAACCUCAGCCCUCACUGGUGCCUGAAGCUCCAGAGUGGCCCAAGUGCAAUUCCAGCUGCUUUAGGAUGCUUUCUUUCCAUGACACUGGCACUUUAGGGAAGGCACACAGCAAAUGGAAAGCAAACAACAGGGAGGCUGCUUCUCACCAGGAAAAUCAUCUCUUUUACAGGAUGCUGUCCUUAUUUAAUGCACUUACCCUUAACAGAAAAUAAAUCUGUUCAGUGCCACAGUCUGGUAAGAGAUGGAGGGAGAUCUCUCUCCAGAGCUCUGCUGUACAUUUAGCAGGCACAAUACUAAUACAUUGUAGAAAUAAAGACUUCUUCACCAAAAUAAAUGUAUGCUAAGCUGUGCUAGAGUUUUAGAGCCACUGACAGUGGGUUUCCAGCAAAGUUACCAUUGAUUCAUUGACUUCAUUUUGUGUAAUAAAGGCACUCCUGUUUGGGACUGGCAUACUCUGCAAAACUGUUUACUUCUAUUUAGGAGUUAAAAAUACAUUUGCUUUAUAUUUUCUCCAGGAAACAAGAUUAAUCUGAGUGGGUAUGAUGUGACUGACUUGAUAUUCUAAUAAUAGUUCAAAAUACAUUAACUGCAGCGCAACUUUGUAAAGUUGACGUUUCUGGACUAAGACACAUGAGUAUUCCCAAAUAAAACACACUACAAUAUAUUUUUACAAUAUUUUUUGUGGAAAAUAUUUUCUUGUGGACCAAAUAAAAUUCAACUUACCAUC